AUGGACAACGCCAUCAACAGCCCCGCCUGGAUCUGUGAUGGCGUUAAGAACCUCUAUCUACAUCAGCUGAUGCGCUUCACCUCCAACCCCGGGGCAAAUGGACUGUUCACCAAUAUCGUGAACUUUUUGAGCAACAAUGUCAAUUGUGGUAGAGGGACUGGAGAGGGCUGUCUGAAGGUGCGGUGCAACGGAGAGGCCCACCUCUCUCAGGACUAUUGUGGUGUCCCUGCAGCUAUGGGGACAGAGGAGGCCUUCCGUGCAGCCAUAGCAGCCGCCACCGAGAAGAUCCCAUUACUAGCGAUGCCAGCCCCCUAUCCACAGAACUUUCAAGCUUUGCUACCUACCUUGGCAGCGCCCUUUCAUCGAAAUGAAGCACGAGCCAUUGCCACCGCUAGUACUGAUGCACUGCAGCUUUACGGCCACUCAACAGUUGAAGCUGACGCAGCAGCAACAGCAGCAACAAGGUACCUGGGCAGGCAGCAGAUAAUCUAUAUUUCCCAUCCGCUGACCUUUCUUCAACCACCACGGGGAAUGCAUCCAAAUCAGAGGAGCUCUGCUACCCAGUUGCUACACAAACAGGAUCAUUCUGCAGGCACAGAAGGCGUUCUUGCAGCCGAAGAACUCAGAGUACAAGCUGAACCAUUGGCUGGCGAUGCGAACACAGAAACAAUAUCGAAUUCUGCUUCCUCCCCGAGCACAUCUCUUCAAGUUUCUCAGACUGAACGUGGUACAAAGGAGCAUCAGGCUGCUGUAGUUAUUCAGUCUGCCUUUCGAGCAUUCCUGGCUAGACGUGCUGUACGGGCGUUAAAAGGACUAGUUAGACUCCAGGCACUUGUUAGGGGUCAUUCUGUAAGAAAACAAGCAGCAGAAACACUUCAGUGCAUGCAGGCGCUGGUAAGAGCUCAAGCUCGUGUCAGAGCAAGACGAGUUCGUGUUUCUUUGGAAAGCCAAGGGACCCAGAAGAGACCUCCUGAACAAAAUGUUCACGAGGACCAUAUUCGCGAUAUUGAGGAAGACUGGUGUGACAGUAUAGGCUCGGUAGAAGAAAUGAAAGCUAAGGCAUUAAAAAGGCAAGAAGCUGCAGCUAAGCGGGAAAGUGCGAUGAUAUAUGCUUUGACACAUCAUGUAAUUACAAUGUAUUAUUACAAACAUGCGUUCAACAAGGAUAUUCGCGAGCACCACCAAGUGUUCAGAUCAUUAGUCAUCACCAGCAUCAUCUUCAGCUCGUCUUCUCUGCAGUUGUUAUCAUUCAGCAACAGUGGACGGAGGUGGGGAAGAGGAACGGACCUCAUCGACGAACUAGCACCACUCGUAUCGCGGCUGCCCGAUGUUGCCGUGGCCGCCACGCCGUGGGCCGUGGCCGCGACCAACGGGGAUGAGUGUUGCCGCCAUGCCGUGGCCACGACCAAGGGAGAUGGCCGUUGCCGCCGCGACCAACGAUGGGUGAACCUUUUCGCGCGCAGCUCGGAUUCUCCGCUCUCGCACGUUCUCACAUGCCGCAGCCCGAUCCGCACCCCUCGCUUUGGAGGCGACGACCGUGUACAUCGCUCUCUCCUCGUCGCUUUGAGCCUAGGAGCAUGA